AUGGCUGAAGAACCAAAGACAAGGCUUGAAACAAGUUCACAAGACUCAGACUCGAAGAACUUUGAGUAUGAUACCGAAGUUGUCGUGGCUGGUGAUGAUACCCCAACAACUAAGCAGCUGGAUAAGGUUUAUCGUCAUUUAGAUUAUAGAAUCAUUCCUGCCCUGUGGUGUCUUUACUUUUUGACUUCAUUUGGGUCUUCUGCGUACGGAAACACUUUGACGAUGAACGCAGAAACUGGUCAUUCCCUUAUCCAGACCCUGAAUUUGACUACCCAUGACACUUCUACAGCCUCAGCAUUGUAUUACGUCGGUUACAUUAUUUUCGAUGUCCCAAUGAACCUGGCAAUGACCAGAGUCUCUCCUCAGAUGUGGCUGAGCCGUAUUGUCAUUACUGUUGGUCUGGUCUACACCUGUUAUAGUGCUGCUACCAACAGUGGUGGCAUCAUUGCUCUGAGAUUCAUAAGUGGUACUUGUGGAGCAGGUACAUGGCCCGGUCUCUCCUACUAUGUCACGUUAUGGUAUCCUAAUGAUAGAAGCGCCAGAAGAAUUGGUUACUACUUCACUGCUGCCCAGAUGUCCGCUGCCGCUGCUGGUUUGGUAGCUGCUGGUUUUCAAAAGAUCAAUAUGAACGGAGGAAGAGAGGGAUGGAAAUGGAUGUACAUUACGUACGGAUGCAUUACAAUGGCUGUUGGUAUUUCCCUGAUUUGGUGGCUACCUGAUAGGCCCACCAACAUCGACAAAGAAGCUCCAGACAACUGGCAUUCCCGUUUCUUUACAUCCCCCAAACCACUCACAGAGCAAGAACGAAGCAUGCAUAGGAAAGACCUUUCUGCAAAAUACACCAAGAUCGAUUGGGGCUUGAAAGAUGUUGUAAGAAUCUUCUGCGAUUUCAGAAUCUGGCCCUUGGUCAUGAUGUAUUUUGGAGUCGUCGGUGCUGGUUUUGGAUUGGCCGUUUUUGGAACCACUAUCAUCAGAGCUAAUAAUCCAGGACUGUCGUCUAUUAAUGUAUCUCUGUUGUACGCACCUAUUUGGUUAUUCGAUCUUGCCGGUAUUCUCCUCAUCACUCCAAUUGCUGACCGUUUUAAGAAGUAUCGUCCCGUUUUCUUCUCUUGCUCAUGUGUUAUUAUUAUUGUUGGACUCAUGGUGAUGACCUAUGCUGAUGACAGUUGGAGCCGGUACGGUGGUCUUUUAAUCUGUGGAUUUGGUCUUGGACCCACAGUUCCAAUUACCAUGGCAUGGACUGCAGAGAUUUUUGGAAGAAGACACGGAGACGUUGGAUGUGCCGUCAGUGCUGCGCUAGUUUCUGGUCUAGGAAACUUAGGUUCUGUCGUCUGUACUUACGCCCUGUAUUCUGGAUGGCCCGAAGACAGGGCUAGACUGUACAAGUACAGUAACAUGAUGCUAGUUCUGAUUGUGGGCGUAAGUAUUGUUUCAAGUUUCGCAUGUGUUUUGCUACAAUACUUCUUAGGAGAUUAUUCUGAACCGAAGGAAGUGACAUUGAAUGAAGAGGACACGAAAUAA